GGAAAAAUACGUAGUUGGAGAAGUGCAACGUAUGAAAGGUCGGCAGAUCGAAUCUAGGAGAAGAACUUCAAAAAAUUGUUCUACUCCUCUAAAAUAUGGAAAAUUUAGAAUACCACAUCGAAUAGUUAAGUAUUCGAGAAAGUACUCGCCCCACUCUGUUAAUCAAGUGUAUCAAUUAAUUGCUUAUCCGUAAUAAACAUAUCAUACAAUUACAUUUUACAUGUAUUUAUCACUCUUCACAAACAGGUUUCUAUUCGAGCAUCAGUUAAAUGACAUAACUGGUAUUAAUUCGUUCAUAUUUGUUUCAUUGAUGAUACUGAAUGCAAUCAGAUAUUAUUAAAUAUGUUUUAUUUAUUGUGUCGUUAUUAUGCCUCGGUUAUCUUUUAAAACUGUAUUUUUACCAGCUUGGCACUAAUCUAAGACCAUCAUUUCACUGGAAUCACUCUUUACUAUCAUCAUCUACACAGAAGAGUUUACUGUUAGAUCAUAUUGAUAAGUGUCCAGAAUGUCUUCUCUAUUUAUUGUCCAUAUCACCAAAUAGUUCAGAUCUUUUUGCAUUAUUAAAUCGAAUACCUUUAUCGGUAAACGCUACAUUUUAUCCUUUGACAACGAGAUUAUGGUACAAUCAACCGGUUCCAUAUUAUUCGAUUCCUAUCGAAAAUAUGAAAAUCAAUUCACAGUCAGUCGUACGCAAUUAUUGGAAAAAAAAAAUCGAUAAUCUGAGACUAAAGCUCAAUAAAAAUUCGAUACUUAGUCGUAUUUAUCUAUCAUUGAAACAACCCGUAAUAUUAAAUAAUACUACAGUGAUGAAAUCAAAAUUAAUCUUGUAUUACACAAAAUUUUUCGGUCGUUCUUACUGGUAUAAUCAAAAUCUGAAAGAUGUAUAUAAUAAUGAUUUAAAUCCAGUAAACUGUCCGAUUAGUGUAAACGCUUGUCAUGUUACUAUCGAUCGAAAUCGAUUUAGUAAGAGUGAUGCUGCUCUAAUUCAUAUGAGAGAAUCUUUCGACAUUUCUAAACUUAAGCAACUAAAACGACGAGCACAACAACGUUUUAUUUUCUUUCUCAAAGAAUCACCCGUCCAGUCACCAACUCUCGAUAAUAAAUACAAAUCGGUAUUCAAUUGGACACAGACAUAUCGUCCAGAUAGUGAUAUUACCGGGUCGAAUUUACGCGAUUAUUUUUGGUUAUUCGACAAUCAUAUUAUUAGAGAUAUUGAUUACAGUUUUUUAGACAAAAAAGAUGCUCUAGCUGUUGCCAUCAUUUCGAAUUGUGGUGGAUCGAGUAAACGACUAGAGUAUAUCAAAGAAAUGAAGAAACACAUGAAGGUAGACGUUUAUGGUAGAUGUGGCAGGAAGUGCCCCGCAAACGUCAAAGACUGCCGACAGUUUGUCUAUGAAAAGUAUAAAUUUUAUCUUGCAUUCGAAAAUAGUUUGUGCGAUGAGUACGUGAGUGAAAAGUUUUUAUAUGCUCUAAACAGCGGUAUUAUUGUUCCUGUUGCGUUAGGCUACGUGAAAUAUAAUCAUUAUGUACCAAAAAGCGGCUAUCUUGACGUGAGAGAUUAUCAAUCACCAAAAGAGUU